AUGACUUUACUUUACGAUCCAUCAGGAACUCAUUAUGUUUUGAAGCAACACACUGACCUACUCACAAAGAAGAAGAAGAAGGAGAAGAGGAAGGAGAAGGAGAAGGAGAAGAGGAAGAAGGAGAAGAGGAAGGAGAAGGAGAAGGAGAAGAAGGAGAAGAGGAAGGAGAAAGAGAAGGAGAAGGAGAAGAGGAAGGAGAAGGAGAAGGAGAAGGAGAAGAAGGAGAAGAAGAAGGAGAAGAAGAAGAAGAAGUAG